AUGAAUAUAUCACAGUCCAAUUACUCGGCACCUGAAAACUGGGAAUUGUUCUUGCUGUUCAAUCGAAUUAUUUAUCGCGGUUAUUUUCUCUUUCUCAUCAUAGCUGGCACAUGUGGAAAUCUAUUAACUGCGAUCACACUUCUUCGAGCUCGUUUACGUAAAUACACUACAUGUCAAUACAUGGCCGUUUGUGCUCUGCUGAAUAUCGGUGUUCUAUUGACCAAUACAUUAAACAUGAUGCUAACAAACGGCUUCAAUAUUCAUUUACGCAGUCAAUUCGAUGUCGGCUGGUGUCGAAUGAAUGCAUUCAUUGCUCAAUGGAUCCGUGGCAUGGCAUCAUGGAUUCUUGUUUUAGUGGCGUUUGACCGUUUUCAACAAUCGAAAACGGUUCCACGUGCACAAAAGAAAGAUGAUUACAAAGUUGCUAUUACCAUAUGUGUAACUGGUUUUAUUCUUUUUAUAUUGAAUUUACAUUAUCUUCUAUUUGCCGGUUCAAAUGUCGAGCUGUUAGAAAAUACCAAAUUCUUAGCAUGUAUCUUUAACAAACAGAGUAACGAUACGAUGCAUAAAUUCUUUGCGUCAACCAGUACAUGGCAAGAACUAGUAACAUAUAUUAUUGUUCCAUGUAUAUUCACAUUAAUUUUGAACAUAUUUAUUAUAAAAAAUUCAUUCUUAUCUCCAAUCAAUAACGAACAUCUGAAAUCUCGCUCGAAAAGUCGAACACGGCGCGUGACAACUAUGUUACUGGCAUCACAUCUAGGCUUCAUCGCGCUCGUUGCACCUGCACAAACAUUCUUCGCUCUUUCAUUUGAUCCAUCACAGAACUUGUUGACAGAUGAACGUACCAAGUCGUUCAUUAUUAAAGGAAAUAUUUAUCAAUGUCUCAUCAAUACGUAUUACGGUGCAUCGUUCGUAUUCUGCUUUGCAUCGUCAUCAUUAUUUCGACGAGAAAUCGAUAAACUAUUGAAUAAAAAUUAUCGACCGAAGAAUUCGUUAAUGAGUGGUGUAAGUGAAGCAUUUUCUCCACACGAAAAUCAUCCAUUUCUACAACAGAAACGCAUUAGCGCUGUCAAUGGUUCCAGUAGUAGUCCGCAAGACGAGCACAGAUCUCAAAUGAAAAUACAUAAACGAUCAACGGAAUCAACUAUUGAAACCGAUGCGUUUCUUUUCUAG